UGGUUGUCCAUAACAAACCGGGGUAACGUGCUCGGAAACACCGGAGCAAUCCAUUUUAUAAACACAGUACUUUCAGUAAUUUACGUGCGAUUUCCGUUGGGAUGGAUUCAGAAAAUGUAAAAUUUACACUUAAAUCCCACCCGCCGAUCGGGUUUGAAUCUUCUAGGAGCGAACAAUCGGCAAAAAUUUCACUCAAAAAAGAUACCGGUACAGAUCCGUGCCCAUUUCCAACCUUGGCCAAUGCUGCUACGGAACCGAAGGAACGGAAAGAAACCGCUACUCAGACCAUUAGUGCACCUAGAAGCAAGAAGUUUGCCACCUACGAUGACUCCAAGCUGGUCUCGUUCAUACGCAGAGUACAGCCCAUCGUAGAGGAAGAGUUGUCCUACGGAAUGACUCCAAUAUUUGACUGUAAUGAUAAUUUGUACGAAUCCACCGAGCGUUACCGGGUGUGUCGUCACCAGGAACUAACCCUUCGACCACUGCUUCCCGACCAUAUGGGCGAUAAGCAGGAGCCGAAUGUUUUCCGAGUCGGUGCUGCAGCAUGGCUUUCCAUAUUGACGCGUGAUGCGCCGCUGCUGGUAGUGGCCUGUAGUCCCAUCCACGAUGCGUGGUGUGACCAUUUCACCUCGACCGUUACCGUUUUCAGUCCCAAGCGAGAUCGGUACGGUGGAUCCGUACAGUGGGUAGAGUUGAGUAGCAAUCCGGUGAAGGCAUGCAUAGAAUCACUCGAAACGAACCCAUUCAAUCGGGACAUGUUUGCCGGUGGAACUGUGUCCGGGGACGUCUACAUCUGGCACUACGAGAUGAAUCUGAAGCAGGAACGAAACUCGUUCGCCGAGCUCCAUUCGGAAACGACCGACUGCGGGAAGGUGGUCGAUAUGGCCUGGACCCGCUACAACGUAAUGUCCAAAUCGGACUACGCGCUGCUCACGGCACACAGCGAAGGUGCGGUCAUCCUUUGGCGUGUUGGCAAAUCGAUCGUAAAGGAUAAAGUUUUCAAGCUUACCGUUCCGUCGGCGGGAAACGGGAAAGCGCUCAUUUUGACACAAAUAUUGGCCACAUCGAAUACUGAGUUUGUGGCCGGAUGUGACGAUGGUUCGCUGUUGCUCUGUUCGACCACUCAAUUGAUUCCGCUUGGGGUUGCAACCACGACCGAGCGAGCAAUCACGUCGGUGGUCAACGCUUCGUCCUCCACAGCGACCGGUGCCGGUAAGGUGAACUUCUUUUCGCCGGGCACGAUCGAGCUGAAGAGUCAUGCGUUUAGUGUAACAAGUCUGCAGAAGAUUGAAAACCGCCGGCAGGAGCUGCUCGUUAGUUGCGAUCUGACGGGAGAGGUGUUGUUCCACGAUAUCACUGAUAGUAUCAAUUCUACACCGACCCUCAUCAUCAAAAUGCCGCUUCCCUUCAAAACACGCAUCGUUUGUACGAGCGAUACGGAGUACAUCUUUUCCCCGUCUGGGAAUGGCCUGCUGGAGCUGUAUCGAAUCGGAAGCGGAAAGGUGGACACAGUGGAACCGUCCUUACCCUUGACCGGUUCCCCGAACCUUAUCAAAAUGUCUGCCAAUGGAAAAUGGCUGAUCACUGGCACGUACAAUGGGACAUUCAUACUGUACUCGGUAGCGAUGGAGUACUGAAGGUUCGUAGUGACCUUUGAGUUUUUAAAAUCUAAAAACAAAUCAAAAAGUGUAUAAGGACGUUACAUACAGUGCUUCGAGCGGGAAUUCGGACACAUUGAAAUCCUGGACAAUUUUUGAUAGCUCAAGCCGUUUUUCGCAUACAGCGUUUCAGGAAUAAUAGCUGAACUGAUAGUCGAUGCCCAAGAGACAAAUAAAAGCAAAAAAAUAGCAAAACA